AUGACUGACGAGACUGACUACUCAUCGUUACCACUAGGUGAACGACUUACUCAUAAAGUAUGGAAGGUCAGGUUGACUGCGUAUGAUGAACUAAGCCGACGCUUCGAUAGUUCUCCACAGGAAAGUGAGGAUUACAUGCAAGAACACAUCAGCAAACCUGAAGUGUUCAAAAAGUAUAUCACAGAUCCAAAUGUGGUAGCACAAGAGUCUGGAAUUAAAUCCUUAAUGAAAUUUUUAGAGGUAGGAGGAAAUCCCUCCAUUGUAUCCAAGUUACGAAGUCAGGGGAUCAUUUUAACACUUUGUGAGAAGGCAUUAUCAUCAUCGCGUAAGAAUACUAAAGACUAUACUAUCGAGUGUCUAUUAUUGUUCACGGAAGUAUCGAAUGAUGUUAAUGGCAUAGUCGAAGAUAUUUUAUCUUUGUUGAAGCAUCGCUUGCCGAAACUAGUUUCUGGCUGUGUUUCUGCACUCGCCGUGCUUGUGGACAAUUUCGGUUGCGGUAUAAUUUCGCCUAAAUCUAUUAUUCCUCAUUUAGAGCAAUUGUUUGGACAUGCUGAUAGGAACGUCAGGCUAGCUGCUACUGAGUUGGCCGUCGAACUUUACAAAUGGAUGAAGGGUGCAUUGGUUACAGUCUUGUUUCCCUCAUUGAAACCUGUUCAACAGAAGGAUCUAAAAAAAGCAUUUGAGUCGAUUGAUAAUUCUAUUGUUUUAGAGCAGAAGAGAUUGACAAGAUCUCAAAAGGCAGAAAUUGCCAGAAAGAAGGAAGAAGAGGCCGCUUUACUCAAAGAAGAGCCUGUCAAUGACAUGGACAUUGACGUGAAGGGCCCGUCAGAUUACAAAGCACAGGAGAAUGCUUUUGACCCUUAUGAUUUGAUUGAUCCAGUAGAGGUACUCUCUAAAUUUCCUCUGGACUUGAUGGUUCGAGUGAACUCAGACAAAUGGAAAGAUCGCAAAGAAGUUUUGGAAGAAGUUCACGCUAUAUUGGAGAAAACAAGCAAAUUGGCGCCAGAUGACUACUCUUCAAUAGUGCGGGUCUUUGCAAAAUGCAUGAAAGAUGCGAAUCUCCAGGUGGUUCAAUUAGCCGCUAACUGUAUUGAGUUCCUCUGCCAGGGAUUGAAGAAGGAUGCUGCAAAGUAUAUUCACACUCUUCUUGGACCGAUAAUCGAGAGAACCAAGGAAAAGAAGGCUUCCACUGCAACUGCGUUGGCAGACGCUUUAGACGCUUUAUUCAGCGUCUCGUCUUUAUCUGAGAUAAUAGACGACUCGAUCAAAGGUAUGAAACAUAAAACGCCCCAAGUUAAAAUAGCAUCUUCUAGUUACUUACAAAGGUGUUUGGCUGCAACAACUAUCCCUCCAACAGGGUCUGAAAUAGAGGCGAUAAUGGAAGCUGGUGUGAAAUUAUUGAGUGACUCUCAAGAGCCAGUAAGACAUGCAGCAACUGAACUUAUCGGGACUUUAAUGAAAAUAACUGAAGAGAAAGAGCUCAAAUCGUUCUUAGAUAAAAUCGACGACAAUAGAAAGAACAAAGUGAUCGAAUUCUCUUCAAAAGUCGAAGUCAAAUGCAAGUCAAAUUCUAGAACAAUCUUAAAGGAAUCCUCGAAAUUCGAAGUAGCCCCUGUAUCAAGAUUAUCGAAAAGAACAGGAAUACUAGCCACCAACUCUUUAAAGCCCACUUCCAACUCGUCUUCAUCAAUACCCGCCAAACGUGGGGCGACUUCACCUGUUAAACGUCCUGAUGACGUUUCUAAAGUCUCGUCAUUUGGCCGUGGACUUACUGGAAGAUCAUUAGUGUCUCCUGUUUCGAAUAAUGGAUCAUAUACUACUGCUAAUAAUACAACUAACAUUGCUAAUAAUAUUGCAAAUAAUUCUGCAAACAAUAAUUUUCAGUCAAAUAUCUCGUCUGUUGAGAAGGACCAGUUAAUGCAAUUGAGGAGAGAGAAGGAAUCGUUUCUCGAGCAAAAGCAGAAGGAUUCUCAAAUUCAAUUACAGCUAACUGAUGAGAAGCUUGUUUUGAAUCAGGAACUAUCUCACCUAAGAGCAGAGAUAGAAAAUCUUUCGAAGGAUCAUAACAACUCAAAGUUAAUGCUAAAACAAAAAGACACUCAAAUUCUGAGGUUGAACAGUGAUUUAGAAAACGCGAAAUUGAAAAUAAGAGAUUUAGAACAAACUGUAGAAAUGAUGAAGCUACAAAGAAAUCAAGUGCAGUCAAAAAUAAGCAGGAAUAAUUUAUAUGAAGACAAAUUUGAGCCGAAGAAGUCACUUUCUCCAGAGCACAUAGGGCCACGGUCUGCAUCCGGUGAAUUAAGCUCCAGAGUCAAAAGGUUAUCGAUAGAUGGAGAAAGACUACUCAAGGAAAAUGCAGAUAGUCAUCUGAUUAAUGGCUUCUCUAGACAUAAUAGCCCGCACAAAAUUGUUGAUAAUACAAAUACAUUUAAUACAGCAACAGGUAAAGAACUAUCUGUCUUAGACAUGAACGAUGACAGCUGGAAACGGGCUGCGGAAGUCACAUCACAGUUGAAAGCUCGAAUAGAAAAGAUGAAAGCAAGGUCUAGAACUGGUAUAAACUUUACAUAA